AUGAAAGCUUCUUUAUCUCUUAAUAAAAACCAUUUUAAAUUAAUUAUUUAAAAAUUAAAAAAGAUUCAAACUAAAACCCAUCAUAAUCCUUCGCAAACAGAUCAAACUUAGACAAUAGCGGUAGAUAAAAGAUCUUUUAAAACAACAAUUACAGAAGUACUUAUUAGCCACAACUAGCUAACUCUUCUGUGCAAAAUAGGUAAAGCUAUACCCCUAAUAGAAGCUUUGUCUAAGAUAAAUAGCACUGGGAUAAUUUGUAUUAACAAAGAGAUAUCUAAGCAAUGCAAAAUUAAGAAAUAAGUAAGCCCAAUCUUCAAGAUAGAAGUAGAUCUCAAACAAACUUAAACUUAAUUAACUAGCAAUAGAGUUAGUAGAAUGUUUCAAAUAAUAUUGUUGAUAUUAACUUGGAUAGUUCAUAAUAGUUAUAAUAACAGAGACUGCAACAACUUCAAUAUCAAUAAUCCUAAGUUUAGGUGCAAAAUCAAUAUAUAUUUUAGUAAGAUGAGUAUGAAGAAAAAACAAAAAAAGCCUCAGCAAAUCCUAGAGCAUCUCAGAUUCCCUAAAAUUCUAAUUAUAUAGUUUCUGAUGGAAUAGAUCAAGCUCAAAUUUAAAUAGCAUAAGUCCCCAAUUUAACUGGAUACUAAAAGGAAUAAUUUAAGGAUAUGGAAAUAUACUUUUUCCACUAUAAUAAUUAACAAGCCGAACCAAGUUACGAUGACUAUGUUGGUAAAUUAGUUAGAGAGUCUGAAGGAGUGUCAGCUUGCAAUAUUUUUUGAAGUCUCAAUAUUAAUUCAUAAAAUAAUUAUGUUCAGAGUAUCUGUCUUUAAAUUUAAAAAAAAUAUAAUCUUUUAAAUUGCAUAAUUUAAAAUAAAAUUUUUGAAAUCAACCAAUUAAAAAAAAUAAAAUAUAAUUAUAUUAAAUUUAAUAUUGCUCAAAAAUAACUUUGUUUGUAUAAUUUUUUUUAUUAAUAAAUAAAAGAGAGAGCAUUUUAAUGAAUAAAAUAAUUAUAAUUAAUAUAAUUUAAAUUUAUUUUAUAUCUUUUGA